AUGCGCGAGCGUCAACAGCGGCGACGAGAGGAGAGCGCGGCGCUGAAGAUUCAAGCCGUCCAUCGCGGUCGCAAAGUGCGUCGAGACUUGGACUUUCGGUCCAUCGCGCAGAAGAAGAAGGCGGGGGUGGAGGUUGGGAACGAGCUCGUGGAGAUGAAGAACAGGAUGAUCGAGAUGCGCGCGCGGAUGAAGGAUCGCGAGCGGAAGGUGGACGCGCUGAAGCUGAAGAAGAUUCGGCGGUACGAAUCCGGGAAGGACGCGUCGCAGGGGAAUUACUUUGGCGAGGAGAGGAAGCGGCUGGAGAGGAAGGAGACGUCGCGGGCGCGGCGCGCGGCGCGGCGGUAG